AUGUAUGGAAUGGAGCAAAUUAACACUGCAACAGGAUUUGCGAAUGCCAAGUUCGGUUCGUCUAAAGGCUAAGGAGCGAAAGGCUUUGAUGAACCUGAAAUCAGAAUCUUAGAACUUAGCAAGUAUGUAAUUAAGUUCGAGCUAUUGAAUACAGACCUCUCAGUAGCAAACUCACUUAGAAGAAUUAUAAUUGCGGAAGUUCCCACUAUGGCUAUUGAUUUAGUUGAGGUCAAGGAAAACACUUCUGCAUUGCACGAUGAGUUUAUAGCUCACAGACUAGGAUUAAUCCCUCUUCAGAGUUUCAAUGUUGAUCAAUUCAAUUUAAGUGAUUAGUGCGCUUGUAGUUCAAUGUGUGCAUAAUGCUCUGUGCAAUUCAAGCUUCAUGCAGUUUGCUCAGACAGAGACUAGAUGGAAGUCAAUACUCGUCAUAUCUAGCCCUUAUCAGAUGCUCCUAUCAUCCCUGUUUAAUAUGUUAAUGACAAAGGAAUUGAAGAGGACCCUAUUCUAAUAAUGAAACUGAGUAAAAAUCAAUAGCUCGAUAUGAAUCUCGUUGCUAGAAAAGGCAAUGGUAAAAUUCAUGCUAAAUGGUCUCCAGUUGCAACAUGCCAAAUGAGAAAAGAACCAAUCGUUGAGAUUGACUAGGAUAAGAUCAAUAGAGAUCUUGAUAUCGAAAAGAGAAAGGAAUUUGUAGCACUCUGUCCCAGAGAAGUCUUUGCUUUCAAUGAUUAUAGAAAUGCAGUAGAAAUUGAGAAUUCAGAUAAAUGUAUUCAAUGCAUCGAAUGUCUGAGAUUCGCACAAGCCAAUAAUCUUGAGAGAGCUGUCAAGAUUGCUGAAAGAGAGGAUAAAUUUGUAUUCACUGUUGAAUCAACUGGAGUUCUUACCCCAGAAGAUAUUGUGAGCAGAGCUUUACAAAUUCUCAUGAGAAAACUAUAUGAAUUGGGCACCCAGAUGAAAAAAUAUGGAGUCAAUGCUGAUUGA